GGCCAACACGAUGCUUUUUACUGGUCAAACUAUCCGUUUUUGUUAGAUGCAGAAUUAAAAACAAAUUUAUUGCAACUGGAGGCCCAUAUCCAAAUGCAGAUCUCCAUGUCAAAUUCAGGAAUUAUGAUAUUGCCCUUCAAUAUCUCUCUGCAGCCACAUCCAUUCUUUGAAUUAUCUGUUCAUCGCGAUAAUAUUGUUGAUGAUGCAAUGAUUGCUCUGUUAUCAGUGAAAGAAAUAGAACUCAAAAAACCGUUGAAAGUUCAUUUUAUCGGUGAAGAAGCAGACGAUGCUGGUGGCGUGAAAAAAGAAUUUUUCAUGCUGUUAUUUCAAGAACUACUUCAAGCAAAAUAUGGGAUGUUCACAGAGAAUGAGGAAUCACAUUUGAUAUGGUUCUCAGGAGUCGAAACAGAUCCACUAAGCUUUAAACUUGUUGGAAUGCUAUGCGCUUUGGCUAUUUACAACAGUGUUCUUGUUGAUUUUCCAUUUCCUUUGGCUUUGUAUAAAAAAAUUCUGGAUGUUCCACUGGAGCUUGAAGAUUUGAGUGAAUUGAGUCCUAUAGAAGGAAGGUCAUUGAGGAGUCUUCUAGAUUAUGAAGAAAAUGAUAUCGAAGAAGUUUUUUGCCUGACAUUUGUGAUUUCUAUCUCUUUAUUGGGUGAUAGCAAAGAUAUUGAACUGAAAACAAAUGGUUCUGAAAUACCAGUGAAUCAAAAAAAUAAGCAUGAAUUUGUCCAGCUUUACAUAAAGAAACGCUUGGAAGAAGGCUCAGAGGGUGAAAUACGUCGUCAGAUGCGUUCGUUUGCUGAAGGAUUCGAAAGCGUGAUGCAGUCAAAAAUCAUGAACUUCUUUCAACCGCAAGAGCUAAUGGAAAUGGUUGUUGGCAAUGAAAACUAUGAUUGGAAUCUGUUUCGGAAAAAUACGGAAUAUAAAGGAAUAUAUCACGCUCGACAUGAGACAAUUCUCUGUUUUUGGGAAGUUUUCUUUGAACUAAAUAUUGCUCAAAGAAAGAAAUUCUUGCAGUUUUUAAUGGGAAGCACGAGAAUACCUAUUCAGGGUAUGUCAGCAGUGAGAAUGCGAAUACAGCCAUGUGAUGAAAAAGCAUUGCCAGUAGCACAUACAUGUUUCAACUUACUUGAUUUGCCGAAUAUCACCGAUCGAGAGGAGAUGCGGCGUAGGUUGCUCAUAUGCUUGGAACACAGUCAUGGUUUUAAUCUUGUGUAA